GGGCGGGGCUCCAGCAUCAUCACCACCGGCCAUCACCGCUUCAUUGUCGGCUGCUGCUCAUCCACACACCACCGCCGUGGAAGGCCGUUUCAGAUAAUCACGUUGGUGAAAAAUGAAGAUGGCAUGGACGUUGUUUCAUAUGAAUUAGGAUUUCACACCUGAUGAGAAUUCCCUCUGAGCCCUAAAGUCUAACAGGAGAAUGAGGAGGAGGAGGAACUGGAAAUCUCAGGAACAACUUGGAAGGUUUCUCUAGAGUCUCAAUGAAAUCUACAAGAGCGGUUCUCUAGACUGUUACUGAUGGCUAAGAAAGGUCGUACGAAGGGCGAGAAGCCUGAAGCCCUGAUUUCUGCCUUACAAGCAGCCAAUGAAGAUCUCAGGUCCAAACUAACUGACAUCCAGAUAGAGCUGCACCAAGAGAAAUGCAAGGUAAGCAAGCUGGAACGAGACAAGGUGCAAGAGGUAAAGCGGGUGCGAGAGCAGGAGCAGCAUCGCCACACUGCCAUGUUGACGGAGCAGCGGGCCAAAUGGCACGAGGAGAAGCAGAAAGAGCAACAGGCGCUCAGGGAAAACCUGACACGGCAGCAUGAGCAGGAGCUGGCACGGCAUGCCAAGAUCAAGGACCAAGAGAACCAACGGCUCAAAGCCGCCCUGAACGCCAUUCGAGAUGGCAGUGGAGAAAAAGUGCGCACAGCGCUGACCCUGGAAGCCAGGGAGGAGGCCCGGCGUUUCUUCGACCAGGAGAGAGUGAAGCUCCUGCAGGAGAUAGUGGAGCUGAAGAACACCAAGAAGCAGACUGACGAGGCUCUGAGCAACAUGAUCCAGGCAGACAAAAUGAAGGCCGGAGACCUGCGAGUCGAGCAUCAGCAGCAUCAGGAAGAAAUCUCUAAAAUCAAGUGGGACUGUGAGAGGGACGUCCGCAGGCUGGUGGAUGAAAUCAAAUCUAAAAACCGCACCAUUUUCUCUCUGGAGAAGGAGCUGGAGUCCACCGCUGGCUACCUGCAGAAGCUGCAGCUGCAGAAAGACGCCCUGGAUGAACAACUGUUCCUCGUUAAAGAAGCAGAGUGCGGCCUGGGAAGUCCAAAGAGGGAAAUCCCAGGAAGAGCUGGCGACGGCGCAGAGCACUGUGGAAGCCCUGACCUGCGAAGAAAUCAGCGGCGAAUUGCUGAACUUAAUUCAACCAUUCGAAAGUUGGAGGAUCGAAACUCGUUGCUGGUGGAUGAGAGAAAUGAACUAUUGAAGCGAGUUAGAGAGUCUGAAAAGCAGUGCAAACCCCUACUGGACAAGAACAAGCUGCUGAAUAAGAGGAACGACGACUUGACUCAGAACAUUCAGAAACUGGAGGAGAAGCUGAAGAGCCUGACAAAGGAGAACCUUGAAAUGAAGGAGAGGAUAGGCUCCCAUCCUCCUCUGAAGAAGCUGAAGUCCCUCAAUGACUUGGACCAAGCACAUGAUGACCAGGAAAUAGCCUUCCUCAAACUUCAAGUGCUGGAGCAACAAAGCAUGAUUGAUGAACUAACAAGAGAUCGUGAAAAACUGCUGCGAAAGAAGAGGCAUAAAAGAAGUUCAAGACCAGUGAAGAGACACAUCGUAGUAGACACCUUCUUUGGUUAUGAUGAAGAGUCGAUGGACUCUGAGUCUUCCUCAGUGGCGUCGUUUCGGAUGGACAGAACCCCAGCUACUCCUGAUGAAGACAUGGCCAAUGGGCUCGCAAAUGAGGAAUCUGAGUUACGUUUUCGCCAGCUGACCAGGGAAUACCAGGCCCUUCAACGAGCCUACGCCCUGCUGCAGGAACAGAAGGGAGGCAUUCUGGAUGCAGAGAUGGAGGCCAAGGCUCAUGAGCAACUGCAAUCAGACGUGCUGCGGUAUAAAGCCAAGAUAGAAGACCUGGAGAAGGAACUAACCUUGAAGGGACAGGACUCCAAAUGGGUCGAGGAGAAGCAACUCUUCUUACGAAGAAAUCAGGAGUUGCUGGAAAAGAUGGAGAAGUUGGAGUCGGAAUGCAGUCGACUGCAGCAGGAGCUUCAGGACUCCAGAGACCAAAACGAGCUGUUGGAGUUCAGGAUACUGGAACUGGAGGAGCGGGAAAGAAGGUCUCCACCUUUUAACCAUUUGAGAAUGCACCCGUUCUCCGAGGGAGUCAGCGCUCUGCAGAUCUACUGUAUGAAGGAAGGAGUCAAGGAUGUGUGCAUACCAGAUCUCAUUAAACUGCUAGACAUUCUAGGAGACAACGGGAACUUGAGGAAUGAGGAGCAAGUGGCAAUAAUUCAGGCUAGCACUGUUUUGUCACUGGCAGAAAAGUGGAUCCAGCAGAUAGAAGGGACAGAAGCAGCACUGCAUCAAAAGAUGAUGGACCUGGAGAUAGAAAUGGAAAUGUUCUGCAAACAGAAAGGUUAUCUAGAAGAAGAGCUGGACUACAGGAAGCAGGCCCUGGACCAGGCCUACAUGCAAAUCCAGGAGUUGGAAGCGACGCUUUACAACGCCCUGCAGCAGGACAAGGUGAUAAAGUACGGUGAGCCUCUGAAUGAGCAUCAGAAGGACGAGCUGAGGAUGGCGGUGGAAAAGCUGAGGAGGCAGAUGCUGAGGAAGAGUCGAGAGUAUGACUGCCAGAUCCUCCAGGAGAGGAUGGAGCUGCUGCACCAGGCCCACCAGAGAAUUCGGGAUCUUGAAGACAAGACAGAAAUCCAGAGAAGGCAGAUUAAAGAUCUGGAAGAAAAGGUAGCGUUUUGGCUCGGAGAUCUUCUUUGGGACUACAGUGUUGUUUAUGUGUUGGACAAGCUGAAAACUUUGUGCCGUCGUAACAUCAGUGAUUCCAGAUGUUGUUGGUGGAUUAAGCCAGUGCACACGUCACACGUCUCUUUUAUGUUUUGUUUUUUUCCAAAUGAAGUUGAGAUCUUCAGGAUUCUGUCCAGGACUGUUUAUUUUUUUUUAGCAAAGUUUGGACAUUAAGCAUCUCCCCAAAUUUCUGAAAAGACAGUCAAAGGCUUGCAUUGAAAUCUAUACACACAAAUACUGACAUAGUACACAGUUUAUCCACACAUGCAUGCAUAUGUAAAUGCACACACACACACACGCACGCCCCCACGCGCUUUGUCAGUUGAAAACCAAAGCCUGGAAAAUGUUUUCUCUGCCAUGCAGGGUUAUAACGUGUCCACAGCCACAACGGGAACAUAAACAGACAAAAAACUCAAACAGUGAAGAAUUCAAACCGCAGCCUUCCCUCUUUUUUUCUUCUCUUUCAUCUGCUGCCCAAAGCUGUAAGAACGUUCUUUUGGGAUGCAAGUCAUCGAUGAGUAGAAGUGAGCCAACUCAGGGCCCAUAAAGUGCAGAAGCAGUGGGAGCGGUUCUGACCUCAGGCCAGAUUACAAUAAGGAACAUUUGGGACUCGCUGCCUCACCUUCUGGCCUGCCGUCGCUGCUCUCAGAAUGGUGCUGACACAGACUGCUCGCACUCUCCAGAAGGUUAUUCCUGCAGAUUGACGAGGCCGUUCUGCAGACAGUGGUGUGUACAGACUCUUUAGAGGAAUCAUGAACACUCAGGUUCAUCACUGGAAAAAAGGUCAGGAAAGGUAAAAAGCAGAAAGAGGUGACGGCCUCUGAUGCAGCUCCUCUCAGCAUGGGGUCCAGGAGGAAAGCUGCACAUUAUGGAACUGCUUCUUAGCAUUUUUUAAAAGCCAGAAGACUGAAAAGAUGCAACUCUCUGGAUUUCUUUUUUUACGGUUCCAACCACUUAAACAACAGUUCUGGAGAUCCCCAAAAAACCUGUAAUGUAAUAUAUAUAUGCUGUUGAUAUGUACAUGGGUCUUAAUUAUUUUACGUAGUCUCCCUUAUUAUUUUUUGUGAUAAGCUGUACUUUUUUUUACUCUCUAAAGCAGCUUGAACAGUUAAUGUACUUGGCAGUUUAUAAAUGACUUACAAAGAGUGUAAACUGCUCUGGUUUAUUGUGGUGAUGGCUGCAAAGAUGAAUUUUAUGCCCUGUAGAGAUAUAACUGAAAAGCUGAAUGAAUGUGGAUAAAAACAAAAACAAAUUGAUCUUUUUUCCUUCCCCUUUUCUACACUGUUCUGCUCACACAUUUUACUGGAUGAAUCAGGCUCCAGGUCAGUUUUUUCCCUUCGUCAUGUCGUACCAUCAUUUCCGUUUUGUGCCCACAAACACACCUAUGCGGCGCAUAUGACUGUAUUCCCUUUCAUAUUUAAUUAGGGUGUAAUAAUACAACCAGCUCAGGAGACAAUAUGAGAUUUUAAAAUUUGUAAAAACUCUUUUAUGGUAUUAUAAAAAGAGGUGAGAUUUCACCAUUUUCAGAUUGUUCAAGAAUCUGAAAACAGUGUUGAACAUUUCUGUCCAGGUUUGACUUCAUAUAUUGUGGCUUUUGUGUGAGUUUAAUUCUAAUUCUGUCACAAACAGGACUGGGAAUCUUCCCUUCUUGUCUUUUCUCAAAUGAAAUCUGAAACUAUGGGUUAUGUUAAAGUAUAAUUCUGCUUCCGUCAGUCUAAGUUAGUGGUGUCCAAAUCCUCCUUUGACAUCAUACAUUGAUCAUGGGCGCUGUGUGUUUAGGCAACCUGCAGCACCAAAGGGGCGUGGCUUGAAACUCAGCAUUUAUCUGAGCAAUGUGCUGAAUGAAUGAGGGAUUUCCAACGGGGGAAACCCUGAAAACCUGAAUUUAUGUUAGAUACUCAUGAAACUUUUUCAAACCCUUUCAUUGCAUGAAAUACACUGGAUGUUUCCGGUUCAGUAUUCACAGAUUUCUGGAUUUUUCUGUGCAGCGUAACUCCAAAUUAUUUGUGGAAAAUCCAUUCAUUCCCCAAUUUCUUUCAAAGAGCAUGUCUAAAUUUUUUGGAGAGACAACGUAGCUUAGGAAACUGAAAUUAAUACAAAUGAAUGCGACUUGAUACACCAUUAAAACAGCCAAUCCAUGUGCACCAUUUCCCUGGUGCUGAUUGGCUGUAACCCCAAAAGCUGCGAUAAGGGAGAGUAGAUUUUAGAUUGUGCAGCUGUGCUAUGAUGGUUUCCACUGUGUGUGUUGAACAUAUCAAAGUAUAUUUGGUAUUUGAACUAUUAAAAUAGGGAGUUAAAAGUG